AGAUACCGACUCGGCAUGUCUCGGGGCAGGCUCUUUGCAAGAACAGCAAGGAAAAGGAAGCCUUCUCCAGAACCAGAAGGUGAAGUCGGCCCCCCUAAGAUGAACGGGGAGGCCCAGCCUUGGCUGUCCACGUCCACGGAAGGGCUCAAGAUCCCCAUGACGCCCACAUCCUCUUUUGUGUCUCCACCGCCACCCACUGCCUCGCCUCAUUCCAACCGGACCACACCGCCUGAAGCGGCCCAGAACGGCCAGUCCCCCAUGGCAGCCUUGAUCUUGGUGGCAGACAAUGCGGGGGGCAGUCACACCACGAAAGACGCCAACCAGGUUCACUCCACCACUCGGAGGAACAGCAGCAGCCCGCCCUCCCCAUCCUCUGUGAACCAAAGAAGGCUGGGCCCCAGGGAGGGCUCUGGCCAGGGCGCCGGGAGUGCUGGAGGACUGGAGCCCGCGCAUCCCACCAGCCUCCCGGACUCCUCUCUGGCGACCAGCGCCCCCCUGUGCUGCACCCUCUGCCACGAGCGCCUGGAGGACACCCACUUCGUGCAGUGCCCGUCGGUCCCUUCGCACAAGUUCUGCUUCCCUUGCUCCAGACAAAGCAUCAAGCAGCAGGGAGCCAGUGGGGAGGUCUAUUGUCCCAGUGGGGAGAAGUGCCCUUUGGUGGGCUCCAGUGUCCCCUGGGCCUUCAUGCAGGGGGAGAUCGCAACCAUUCUCGCUGGGGAUGUGAAGGUGAAAAGAGAGAGAGACUCGUGACUUCGCGCUUUCAGAAAGCCCAUUGAUACCCUUACUAAAACUGCUUGAAUUGUACAUACACCUCCACAUAUAUAUAUAUCCAAGACAAGGGAGAUGUAGACUUCAUAAACAUGGCUGUAUAAUUCUGAUUUUUUUGAAUACAUUGUGUUUCUAUAUUUUUUUUGACGACAAAAGGUAUGUACUUAUAAAGGCAUUUUCUUCUUUUGUUAACAUUAUUGGCAUAUCUGUGCUUUAUUACCCUGGUGACAGUUACCGUUCUAUGUAGGCUGUGACUUGCGCUGCUUUUUUAGAGCACUUGGCAAAUCAGAAACGCUUCUAGCUGUAUUUGUAUGCACUUAUUUUAAAAAGAAAAAAAAAAGCCAAAUACAUUUUCUGACAUUGUAAGAUUGCCUUACCGUCUGUUCUUUAUUGCUGGCCACCUCAGGCUGGAGGCCAGUUGGUGGAGAAAGGGUGCAGGUGAGCGGAAGGGGCACUGAAGUGGGCACUCCACUGGGAAAUGCCACCAAGUGUACCCCAAAACGUCGUCUUCUCAGAGGACUAGGACAAUAGAUUUUGAAUCUCUGUUUUGUUCUUAAAGUUUAGUUCUUGGAAUAUUGCGAGGUGCUGCUGAGGAUUGCAUUCUGUUCGGAGGGUGAUUUUUCGAAGGCAGAGUUGACCACUGUUCACUGUCCACGUGAUCAGUUGUAAGAUUGCGAGGCUGCUCGUUGGUUGCAUAACGCACAGGCCAGUGCUGAAGGCGGUCAGCAUGGGCGGCGGCGUGUACACAUGGCACUGCCACCUCUGAGCAGAGCCCAGCUCUGCAGCGCCACCUCAUCCUUCCAGACACCCCAAGCUCGGGUGUUCUUGCUGUUGUCCUCUCCUUUGGAAGUUGCCGAGAACUCGCAGUCCAGGCGAACUCGGAGAUCGUGGGACCGGUCUCGUUUCUGUUCCGUGUUUUGUUUUUAUCAUUUACCUGUCGUGCAGUUGCUGUUGAUACUCUCACCUACACCGUCCCUAGGAGUGCUGAACACAGUGUGGUACAGUGACAGCGAGAGCCCGGCGCUGCCAGCACUGCCCAUGGCAUGUAGUGGCAGCCCAGACGUGGGUGGGGAAACCUGUAAUUUCCUUCUGUCAUGUGUUUGAAAAACCAAGUGAAUAAUAAUACUGUUUGUGGGAAAAAAUGUAAACUAGUGAAAAUGAAAGAAAUGAAGGGUUUUACACAAUAGGCCCCACCUCUCAAACUAUUUUUAGAAGCCUUUUGUAAACUAAUUUCUUUUGAUCACUAUUUCACAUCAGUAAAAUGAUUUUCUUUUAAGACCAAUAAAUACUUGGUUAUUAGAAAUA